AUGAUUCCAUCACUAUCGAUACUCCUCGAAUAACGAAAAUAAUCCAGCAGUAUCGACUCCGCCCGACCCCUUCACCAAUCAUUCAUUAAAAAGUUUUCGUACAGUUCGGACGUCGCUUUACCCGUGAGAAAAAGUGCUCUAACUGAUCAAACUAGUGAAAAAAAAGGAAUUUUCCACUUCGAAUAAUGGCACGUACCAAGCAAACAGCUCGCAAAUCGACGGGUGGCAAAGCGCCCCGUAAACAAUUGGCCACCAAGGCGGCCCGCAAAUCGGCCCCAUCCACUGGCGGUGUUAAGAAGCCUCAUCGCUAUCGCCCUGGUACCGUGGCAUUGAGAGAAAUUCGUCGCUACCAAAAGUCCACAGAGCUGCUCAUCCGCAAGUUGCCGUUCCAGCGCUUAGUGCGUGAAAUUGCUCAAGAUUUCAAGACCGAUUUGCGUUUCCAGUCGGCAGCUAUCGGCGCAUUGCAGGAAGCAUCCGAAGCCUACUUGGUUGGCCUGUUCGAGGACACCAAUUUGUGCGCUAUUCAUGCCAAGCGUGUCACCAUCAUGCCCAAGGACAUUCAGCUGGCCAGACGCAUCCGUGGCGAGCGCGCCUAAAUGCCAUGUCCGCCAUCUUUAAUUAGAAAAGCGGCGCAGUUGCUGUCGCUGUUAACAACAACAGCAACAAAGACAACGCCGACGGCGCAGUCAAACGCAGCAGCUGCUGCUGCUGUUUACAAACAACAACAAAGACAUCAACGUUGGCGUCGGCGUCGGCGUCGCAGCUGCUGCGUCUGCUUAGUCUUAAGUUUCAUAAGAUUUAUUAUACUUAAAAUAUAAGUAAUUCAUAAUUCGUAAUUUGUCGCAAAAAUUUAUGCAAAAUUUGUCGAUCCAAUAAAAAUACAUUUAUUUGUUUUCUGUGUAAAACUUAAAA